UUUCUGCUGAUUCUUCUAGUAGUGCCUUCCAUGUCAGUACAAGUCCAGAAGAUCACGGAACCCUUGUUGCUGGGAGAGGGUCCUCACUGGGAUGAUCGACAGCAAGCGCUAUUCUUUGUCAGCAUAGUUGAGCAUACCAUUCACAAAUACGUACCUGCGACUGGGGUACACACCAGAACAAAAGUUGAUGAUCAUAUCGGAUUUAUAAUCCCCGUUGAAGAUACACUGGACCAAUUCGUAAUUGGCCUUAAAAACAAGUUCGUAAUAAUUCAAUGGGACGGUGAGGAUGGUACUCCCGCAAAGGUGGUGCGGCAGCUGGUAGACCUGGAUCCAUACAGUGAUGGGCCGACGCAGAUCAACGAUGGCAAGAUUGAUCCCAGAGGGAGACUCUACGCUGGUACAGUGUUGCCAAACGAAAAAUCUUUAACUGAAAUUGAACCGAAGGGCUCUCUGUACAGACUAGAUCGCACCGAAGUAACCAAACUGUGCAGUGGAAUCAGAAUAUCGAACGGGCUGGCGUGGGAUUUGAAAGAGAAGGCCAUGUAUUAUAUAGAUACUAUGGAGCUGAACAUCAGAAGAUAUGAUUACGAUGUCGAAACAGGAGAUAUAUCUAACCUCAAAUACAUUUUCGACUUCAAGGAGAACAAUAUAGAGGGCUAUCCUGACGGGGCCACCAUAGACACUGACGGGAAUCUGUGGGUCGCUGUGUUUGAAGGAUCCUGCGUUAUAAAAAUAGACCCGAGAACUGGUAAAUUAUUGCAAAAGGUACCCAUACCGGUGCUCCAGGUCACCUCUGUCGCUUUUGGGGGCCCCAAUCGUGAUAUCCUGUUCGUAACAACUGGUAAUAUCACAAUUGAUAGAGAGCAAGAUCCACCGAGUGGAGCCACCUUCAUGGUAAUCGGUCUGGGAGUUAAAGGAUAUCCCAUGGAAAAAUUCAAAUUAUAAAAUUGUUAAUAAACAAUACAGAAGGUUAGGCUGUAUGGUACUGUACCUUUGCGUUUACAGUUGUUCAUAAAAUAUUACUACGAUUGUCUUUAUAACGGUAUU